GACAUGACUUAAAGGUUUUAGUUACCAGGUCAUAAACUCCCUUAAAAAAAUUAAGUUCGUUGAUUUAAUUUUAAUUUUAACGGUGAGGUGACAAUUUUAAAACUUAGUGAUUAGGUAUAAUGUACUAUGUUCGGUCACUGAAGUACGAAACCUAAGGUCUAUGUGUACGGUACGGUACUGAUUACUUGCUCAGUGAUUAUAUUAAGUGUAUAUAGGCUAUGAUUAUAAACAAAGUUUUCCCGCGAACUUAGUGGGUCGUGCAACAACUAAUUGUUUAAUAUGGUUGGUUCAUCUGCUGAAAACUAUGCAACAAUAUACAUAUAUACAGUGGUGGUCGUAUAAUUAGAAACACCACCAACGGUCCUUACAUUAUGUAAGAUACUUCACCGCAAACGUUUUUAUUUUGAAAUUAAACAAUUAAUCAUCUAUAGAAAAACAAUAUAAAUCCCAGUGCACAAGUGCAGUUUCGAUAUUACAUUACGGACAAACAGUUAAAUCAGUUUUAAGGUAUGAACAAUAAUGGUCAACUAAUUAGAAACAACAAAACAGUAUAAAAACAUUUUUUUAAGUGUUAGUAAUUAGUAUUGCUAUUUACGAAAUAGCUACUAUCCACAGCCUACCAAUAGCUAUUAUUAAUAUUUAGUGACGUAUCCCUUAUUUUCAAUAACAGCACUGCAACGACGUGGCAUUGAUUCAAUCAAUUUCAAAUUUCAUGCUUCAACAAAUGUUUCAUAUAUUUCGUUUUAACUAGUGUUAUGUUUGUUUGAGACUUUCUUAAUUCUUUUUAACAAUAUAGGUAGCAGAGAUUUUCUAUCGGGUUUAAAUCCGGACUAUUUGCUGGCCAGUCUAAAACGGAUAUACGCUGUUCGCUAAGGAAAUAUUGGACAUUAUUGGCCGUGUGCUUUGGGCCACUGUUUUGGGGGUGGGAUUUGCUAAAAACUGCCCGAGCGCCUCCGAAGGAGACCUAACAACUCAAGAGCAAUUGCGCGAAUGAAUCUACCACCGGAUUGGAGUCGUGACCCGCUGAGAAGAUCCGGCGAGAAACUCAGCGAGCUGCUGCAUGGGUUAGGUUGUACGUCGACCUCUUUGUCGAGUUCGACGAGUACGGUUACCGGGGUCCCUAAGCCCGCUCCUAGUGUUAGACCUGAAGGCGUCUAAUGCAAUGGUUUUGGAUCUGAUAUAUCCCUAAGGACGUGUCUAGGGCGUCGACAGUGACUGGCUCCUGCAUGAUCAGUAUUCGGGGAGUAGUCAGCGGCGGCAACGAUAAGGCCAUUAUCAUGACGCAUAGUCUUAUCGAAGUACCGUUCCGACACUGACUUCAUGUAUUUCCCGAUUGAUUCGAGGCCCAGCUCGUCGUGUAGGUCAACGUUCCUCACGAACCACGGAGCCCCGACGGCUAACCUGCAAAAGCGGGAUUGUAGGGAUUGGAGGGUGUCUGUGUGUGCGGGCCGCGAGAGCGAACACCACACUCGCGUAAGUUAUGACGGGCCUUAUGCAAGUUUUGUAAAGUGUCACCUUGUUCCGAAGGAACAUUUUACUCUGCUUACAGAUCAUGGGAUAGAGUCUGCCGAGAAUAAAUGCGGCAUGCUCGCGAACUGUUGUUAUAUGCGGGCGGAAUGUCAUGGAUGCAUCCAGGGUGACUCCCAGGUACUUGACCUUCCUGGCCCAGGGUAUAAGUUGGCUGAAGAGGGUGAUCGGGACAGUGUCAUGCUGAAAGAUCCAGACUGCUCUGUGAUACGCUGGAGAAUUUACUCAUGGGCCAUCCCUUGGAGACGUAACUCCACCCUAAAAGGGUACGAGUUCUCUCUCCUAUCGUGGAAAAAACGCAAGAGCAGAAUCUUUUUGGUCGUCCAAAGGGAUGGUCCUCCAACCAAUACCAUCGACUUCUCGCGGAUAAGAAAUCCCUUCACCCAUGCUUGCAUAAAAGUCCGGGGCUUGCGAUUAUACUGUAAAAAUUUGUCGACAACUGUAAGUUCAUCUCUUCAUCUUUUUAAGAUAAAACCCAUUAUAGACCAGUUGAAUGGCAAAUUUUCGGAAUUAUAUAAUAUUUUACCAGAAAAUGUGGCUCUCGAUGAAAGCUGUAUGUGGAAAGGUUGGCUCAAUAUCAAUCAAUUUAUAUGAAACAAAGCAGCGACAGUUGUAGUCAAGCCGUAUGAAGUCUGUGAGUCCAAGACUGGAUAUUUGUGGCGUUUUGAAGUGCACGCAGGCUAAGAGACCUCGACAAUUCAAGACGAUGAUCCAAUCUCUGGAACAGUAUCAUCUCUCGUGCUCAGACUACUGAAUGGUCUUGAGCACAAAGGCUACUUACUACAUGGAUGGACAAUUUUUACAACUCUCCAGCACUAGCGCGGGAACUGAAGGUCCAGGGAUUCGACUGUGUGGGGGCGCUCCGUACAAACCGCCAAUUUAGUCCAUCCGAAUUGGCGAAUAUAUCCAAAAAGGACGUGACAGUCGGUCAAGUGGUGGGUUGCGCCUCGGAAGACGUGGAUGUCAUGGUGUGGAGGGAUAAAAGCCGCGUGGCUUUUAUUUCUACAUACCAUGGCGUCUCAAUUACCAAGUGUGGCGAGACACUGAAGCCGACCAUUGUGCGGGAUUAAAACGUUUAUAUGGGCGGAGUCAACCGCAAAUGUGUCCCAUGUAUCCCAUCGAAAGAAUGCGGACCCGAGUCUGAUAUAAAAAAAUGUUUAAAAGGCUCUUGAACGCUGGUGUUCCAAACGCACACAUUUUACUUGCAAAUCAAUUAUUGACGCAAUGGCAAUUUCGGAAGGCGUUGAUAAUGAAAUUUAUGUUUCAUCUGCAUAAAUUUGCACAAAAUUCAAAAUACAAAAUGAAGGUUUAAAAUGACUACACUAGCACCAUCUAGUGGAGAAUUGAGAAUAGUUACCAUCAAAACUGUUUUAUCAAAAAGUAUUGACAGUGUUCAGGGUUAUUUUAGGCUAUGAAAGAAAUUGUAUUUGAAAAAAAUGUUUUAAAUAUAUUUGUUAUGUUUGUAAAAAAUGUAAUUUAAUAUUUCCUCGUCGCUUCUUAAGCCCCUGUGGCCUAAUGGAUAAGGCAUCGGCCUCCUAAGCCGGGGAUUGUGGGUUCGAGUCCCACCAGGGGUACUUUUUAGGAACAUGUUUUUGUUUUUUUUCACCUUAAUUGUUUGAUUUACAAUUUUGAUUCGUGAAACAAUCUUCCAGACAGUCAAAUUUAGAUCAUUAAUUUACAUUUUUUAAAUAACCAAAUUUAUUACAUUUAAUUAUAACUUGUAAGUACAAUUAUGUAUUUUUUUGCAAAACUUAGACUGGUCAAAUUGAUAACCAAUGUCGAGUGCAGCUCCCGGAAAAAAAUUAAGAGGACACAUUGCUGUGGAAUCCAAUUCACACUUUAACUUAAAGGUACGGUGGCAACAUUUAAUGUUUUAAUUUUCAUGGGCUCUGGCAGCCACUUAAUUUAAUGUUUGCUCGCACACUAUACAAUAUACCAUUAUAUACCAAUAUACCAUCUAUACAAUAAAAAAAUAACUCAGACGUUAUAUAAAAUUUUAUUUUAAUAAAAAUCCUAAAAUUAUUAUAUAAAUGAACAACAUCCUGAUCUCGUUCUUAUUAGAAGAUCCUGUAAGCGGCAAACAGCGAAGCCCAGAAUGUCGGACGUAGUAACCGACUUGAUGUGGAAGACGACAGUCGUUAUCUGAUAGAAAAAAGUCUGUUAUUUAUAUUUAUAAUGUGCUUAAAUCAAUAAUAAAUGUAAAACAUUAUGUACAUUUGUGGAUAAUAUAUGCAUGCUCAUCGUUUUAGUAUUUGAGGAGUGAGGGUUUUUUUCGUCUUAUAAGCAGCAUUUCUAAUAAAAUGUUUUUUUUUUAAAUGUAUAAAAGUAAA